AUGGCGGCGGCGGCGACGGCAGCCGCGGAGCAGCAAAGUUCCAAUGGUCCUGUGAAGAAGUCCAUGCGUGAGAAGGCUGUUGAGAGAAGGAAUGUCAAUAAAGAGCACAACAGUAACUUUAAAGCCGGCUAUAUUCCAAUCGAUGAAGAUCGCCUCCAUAAAACAGGACUGAGAGGGAGGAAGGGCAAUUUAGCCAUCUGUGUGAUUAUCCUCCUGUUUAUCCUGGCCGUCAUCAAUUUAAUUAUAACACUUGUUAUCUGGGCCGUGAUUCGCAUCGGACCAAAUGGCUGUGAUAGCAUGGAGUUUCAUGAAAGUGGUCUGCUUCGAUUUAAACAAGUAUCUGACAUGGGAGUUAUACAUCCUCUCUAUAAGAGCACAGUAGGAGGAAGACGAAACGAAAAUUUAGUCAUCACUGGCAACAACCAGCCUAUUGUUUUUCAGCAAGGGACAACAAAGCUCAGUGUAGAAAAGAACAAAACUUCUAUCACAAGCGACAUUGGCAUGCAGUUUUUCGACCCAAGGACUCAAAAUAUCUUAUUCAGCACAGACUAUGAAACUCAUGAGUUUCAUUUGCCAAGUGGAGUGAAAAGUCUGAAUGUUCAAAAAGCAUCUACUGAACGGAUUACCAGCAAUGCUACUAGUGACUUAAAUAUAAAAGUUGAUGGGCGUGCUAUUGUCCGUGGAAAUGAAGGAGUGUUCAUUAUGGGCAAAACCAUUGAAUUCCACAUGGGUGGUAAUAUGGAAUUAAAGGCUGAAAACAGCAUCAUCCUGAAUGGAACUGUGAUGGUCAACACGACUCGCCUCCCAAGUUCCUCCAGCGGAGACCAGUUUGGUGGUGAUGACUGGGUGCGUUACAAACUCUGUAUGUGUGCCGACGGAACGCUCUUCAGAGUGCAGGUGACAGGUCAGAACAUGGGCUGCCAGACCUCAGACAACCCCUGUGGAGACCCGUACUAG